GCGGGCGCCGGGGGCCAGGCUGGAGGCCCGCGGGCAGUGGAGAGACGCUGGGGAAGGGGGGUCCUGACAGGGGAGCCCCGCCCCCACCCCAGGCGACGUGGCCAGCGGCCACCCGGAGCAACGCACCUUAGGGUGGAAGGACGCUUCCCACUGACCACGUCUCCCAUCCCCACCCAGAGCCUCCCGUUCGGUAUUUUGGGAAGAAGCCACAGCAUCUUCCUUUACGUCCACUUUAAUUGAGCAUCUAGGAUGUGUGGGCGAAGCAGUCUCACAGGCAACGUGAGAGAAGCUCGGGUAGAGGUGCGAAGAGCUGGGAGCGCAGGGCGGGGACCUCGCACGGGAGGGUGCGGGCGGGAGCCUGCCUCGCGAGCCCGGGCCACGGCCGCUGCUCCCGACCGUGACUGGGACCCGGGCAGGGAAGGUCGCUACAAAGCCUGCCGGGCGAACCGAAGGCAGCUUUGUGCGGAGCCAUGCCAGGAAGCUUGGGAACCGUGAGCCACAAGAGGGAAAAUCUGUGCAUACAGUGUGGACAUCUAAGUCAUACAUAACAAGCCUAUUGCAUCCUUGGAGCAUGGCACAGCAGGAAUAAAGGAGAAAGAAGCUGGAAUCAGACAGUGGGGGUCAGGGAGAAGAUCUAUAACAUUCUGCUAGGUGGAUGAGAGAUGCAAAGGAGAUGACAUGAUCUGUGAAGAACAGCGUUGUUUUUUUUGCAUGUUUUGCACUUAGCCAGAGGAAGUCUGGCGCAUCCGAGCCGGCCAGCCGAGCACAUCUGGAAGUGGUUUCUGGGGCCGCCCCUCUCUGCCAGCGCAACUCCUGGGUUCCCAGCGGCUUCGCGCAGAGGUGGAAGAAACCCGAGACGUUCCAAAGUCAACGCAAGCAAAGGGGAGUGCGGGUCGGGGAGGAAUAUUCUUUUGGAAACGUAAUAUUGGCCUUGGGGCUCUCCAGCCCUUUGGGACUUCCAAUGGGAUCUUAGAAGCAGCCGAAGCAGCGUGAGGGCAGCAGCCCAGGGCCAGCCACGAUUUGAACGCUCUGCCUUGCAGCUCUUCUGGACCGAGGAGCCCAAAGCCCUACCCUCACCAUUCACCAGGUCCUGUGGGAAGAGCAGCGUGGAGGUGGGCUGAGGUUAGAAGGUGCAGAGCGUGGAAGAAGAUUGUGAGCUGAGUAUUGGACAUCUGUUCUUGAAUAGUCCCUGGGCCUGCCAUAGGAAAGGAAGUUCUCCAGGGUUACAGUUCUUAUCCGCGUGAAUACACAUGGCUCUGUUACGAAAAAUUAAUCAGGUGCUGCUGUUCCUUCUGAUUGUGACCCUCUGUGUGAUUCUGUAUAAGAAAGUUCAUAAGGGGACUGUGCCCAAGAAUGAUGCAGAUGAUGAAUCCGAGACUCCUGAAGAACUGGACGAAGAGAUUCCUGUGGUGAUUUGUGCUGCAGCAGGGAGGAUGGGUGCCACUAUGGCUGCCAUCAAUAGCAUCUACAGCAACACUGAUGCCAACAUCUUGUUCUAUGUAGUGGGACUCCGGAAUACUCUGACUCGAAUACGAAAAUGGAUUGAACAUUCCAAACUGAGAGAAAUAAACUUUAAAAUCGUGGAAUUCAACCCGAUGGUCCUCAAAGGGAAGAUCAGACCAGACUCAUCGAGGCCUGAAUUGCUCCAGCCUCUGAACUUUGUUCGAUUUUAUCUCCCUCUACUUAUCCACCAACACGAGAAAGUCAUCUAUUUGGACGAUGAUGUAAUUGUACAAGGUGAUAUCCAAGAACUGUAUGACACCACCUUGGCCCUGGGCCACGCGGCGGCUUUCUCAGAUGACUGCGAUUUGCCCUCUGCUCAGGACAUAAACAGACUCGUGGGACUUCAGAACACAUAUAUGGGCUAUCUGGACUACCGGAAGAAGGCCAUCAAGGACCUUGGCAUCAGCCCCAGCACCUGCUCUUUCAAUCCUGGUGUGAUUGUUGCCAACAUGACAGAAUGGAAGCACCAGCGCAUCACCAAGCAAUUGGAGAAAUGGAUGCAAAAGAAUGUGGAGGAAAACCUCUAUAGCAGCUCCCUGGGAGGAGGGGUGGCCACUUCCCCAAUGCUGAUUGUGUUUCAUGGGAAAUAUUCCACAAUUAACCCCCUGUGGCACAUAAGGCACCUGGGCUGGAAUCCAGAUGCCAGAUAUUCGGAGCAUUUUCUGCAGGAAGCUAAAUUACUCCACUGGAAUGGAAGACAUAAACCCUGGGACUUCCCUAGUGUUCACAACGACUUAUGGGAAAGCUGGUUUGUUCCUGACCCUGCAGGGAUAUUUAAACUCAAUCACCAUAGCUGAUAUAACUCUACCCUUAAAAUAUUCCCUGUAUAGAAAUGUGGAAUUGUCCCUUUGUAGCCAACUAUAACAUUGUUCUUUAUGAACAUUACCUUUGAUACAUAUGAUCCACAAUAUAAAAACCAAAAACUACUGUGUGCAAAUUAUACCUUGGACCAUAUAGGCAUUGAUUAACUUCUUUAAGUACAUGUGAUAACUAUGGAAAUCAAGAUUAUGUGACUGAAAAACAUAAAGGAAGAGACCCAUCUAGAUACCAGCAAUCAACCUGCUUAAUUCUGAAUGACAAUUAUAUCCACAAAUUUUUAAAACUUCUAAAUGUAUUUUUCACAUGUAGAUCUUAACAGGUUGCCAAUCUUUUCUUUUAUAAAACUAUUACAUUUAAAAUAUGCACGUCUGAAAAAUAAAAUAUUCAUCAUUUUUAUGA